AUGCAGACUCAGGAAGAGACCCGAGAUGUAGACUCAGGCAGAGACCCGAGAUGUAGACUCAGGAAGAGACCCGAGAUGCAGACUCAGGAAGAGACCCGAGAUGUAGACUCAGGCAGAGACCAAUCCACCACUGUGGUUGGUCUCUAUGGAAUACUUCUCUGUGGCAUAUCUGUAUAUGCUGCAUCCAUCUCUGUGGCUCAUCUGCGGAUGUACCAUAUCAUCUCUAUGAGUCGUCUGGGUCUAUAUCCAAGUCUUUUCAAUGAGUUUUCAGGAACACCUAGCCUCGCCCCUCCAACACCUGGCCUCGCCCCUCCAACACCUGACCCCGCCCCUCCAACACCUGACCCCGCCCCUCCAUCACCUGACCCCGCCCCUCCAACACCUGACCCCGCCCCUCCAACACCUGACCCCGCCCCUCCAACACCUGACCCCGCCCCUCCAACACCUGACCCCGCCCCUCCAACACCUGACCCCGCCCCUCCAACACCUGACCCCGCCCCUCCAACACCUGGCCUCGCCCCUCCAAUACGUGGUCCUAGACGCGAGCGACCACAGUAUCCUCCAGGAGAGGACGAGCAUGAAGAGCUUUCACCAGCACCUCCCCGAAGGAGGCGUGCCUGUUGA